UUUGUGAGACCGUAACAAAUUCUCAAGUCCCUGUGGUCCGAUAUGUGUUAGUCAAGCCUUCGUGGUUAAUGCUGGUGUCAAUACAUUGGUCUUUAAAGGGCGGCGUGUGACCUAUAUACGGUAACCGAGAGCAUCAAACAAAGACAGGGACACUUUGUAUGGAAUACACCUCCGUGUAGACAUUGACAAGAAGAUUGUGCGUGCCUGAAGUGGCAAAAACGCUUGAAACAGACAGCGGAUUUCCGAACGUAAUCACCGACGGAGAACAUUAAACGGAGCUCGAGAAUAACAUCUCUUUUGAAAAUGUUUGUGAACAAAUUCGUUUGUUUACGAAGGAUAUUAACAUGUUCGGUUUUAGUGACAUUUAUUGGGAUCGCCUUCCUCUGCUCAGUGGACACCGAUAUAUGGUUAGACCAAGAAAAGCUAAAAGAAGAAAUUAAGAAGGAAGAAUACGAAACUGAUAUACGCCGGACCGUGCCAAAGCACGCGCUAGAAAGACUCAAUACGUAUAAGAUGAUCACAGAUUUUAAUGAUCUGUUGUCAUUGGUGAAUAUUUCAACAUCAGUGAUAACCAUACGGAAUAACAAAUCUGAGGUCAAAGUUGGAGAUGACGUCAUUGUUGACAUUGAUUUGUUCAAUGGAAGAGGAGAGCGAUCAACUCGCGGAGGUGACAUGCUCAGGGUGUGGCUUCGAGAACCUUCCCGUCAUGCAUCUGUUUCCGGUUAUGUAAUCGAUCAUGACAACGGGUCAUAUACAGGAGUAAUUAAAGCCAUGUGGGCCGGCAAUCCAGAGUUGAUGUUUUCUAUUGCGAACACGAAGGAACAUAUUGGAAUUUUUAUGAAUAUAGUGCAUAAGCAUGGCUUGAUCAAGUUUCUUCGAGCAAGAUUUAUUAAAGGAAAAUUGACAGAGGUCACUUUAUGUAGCAUCAUACCAAAUAUUCCUAAUGUAACAGAUUACUGCAACUUCACAACCCAGAACUUCAACUUUUCCUUUUUCUGUGGUAAACCAAAACAUAUGGAUUGUGAAGAUUGGGUUUUGUAUGCAGCAUCUUCUAGCUACUCCUGUAAUGCGAAGAACAAAUCACUUAUGCGGAAUAGGUAUAUCAGAAAGAAAGUAGGGAAGGUGAAGGUAUUAGCUGAUUCUGGUUAUAAAGGAGAGUCUGAUAUCACCUGCCAUGACGUCAGCAGUAAUCAAACUUGGCACACAUUUAACCCGACUGGCUACUUCUACAAGGGUGAAUGGCGACCGUUAAUCUGCAAACCUUCAAUAUCAUGGAAGUAUGAAUCAUACGCCAAGUGUUUAAAGAAUCGGCCGGUACUCAUGACAGGUGACUCCACCACAAGGAAUUGGUAUGUUCCUUUGACCAAGCUGUUAAAUCUAACUAUAUCCGAUGGACGUAAUGAAAUUAAGGACAAAGCAUGGCAGAAAUUUGCUGAAGCGGGAAACAAUAACAAAUCGUUAUCGUUAUAUUGGACACCACACGAAAUUCCCUUCUACGGCUCUGAAAGAACUGAACAAAAUAAAAACAAUUUCCGGUCUAUAGCUUCAAGAAUAGACGAUUUACCUGGACAAAAACGUAUCAUUCUCAUAUUACAUUGGUAUGCUCAUUUGGCGAGAACAACUCCACAACAGUAUAGAGAGCAUGUGACGAGUGCCAAACAUGCUGUAGUGCGUCUUUUAAAACGGUCUCCUGAUUCUAAAAUUCUGGUAAAGGGUCCCCACUCUUAUACAUACAACUACUUUGUAGAACCAUUCGACUACAUCAGUAGAAUUUACAGUCAGAUUAUUUACGAGGAGUUCAAAGAUUUACAACAUAAAAUAUAUUUUAUCGAUCAGUGGGAUGCAACCAUUGCAAACGAGAACUUUGACAUACAUCCGAAACCUGCAUUAGACCCAAUAAUGGUUAAUUUCGCGUUUUCAUUUAUUUGUAAAUAAUUAUUCAGCAGACAUUUUGAUACCUUUAGUCAAUUCUAUUCCACCGCAAAACCAAUGGUACAUGCUUAGAUAUAUUUUACUAGUUUUUGGUAGCAAAACAAGUUACUUUUAGAUUUUUUAGCCGGUUUAUAUUCCUCGUGGUGUUGUGGUCCCUAUACCACUGUCCAUAGUCUAGUGUGGCUAACAUAAUUUCUCGUUCUCGCACUGUUGAUAGUUGUUAACACGUUCUCGCCGAUUUGAUAUUUUUGAGAUAUUUAUUACGCAGAUGACGAUCACCUUUAAUUUGAAAACAAUAUUAGUUACAACAUUUGGGCUAUCAUAAAUUAAGAAAACAACACUAUUGGACGGCUGUUUUGAAUGAGCACACUCUGAUUGUAUUGCAAACUUAGUUCAUUAAUUGAAAAAUAAAGCUUCAAUGCUAUCAUGUCAACUCAA